CGCGCUCCACUCGUGGAAGUCGUGUCCGCGGAAGCUGCGGCCAGGAAGGAGUGCGCGUUCCGUCGUCUUCGACUUCGUCUUCGGGAGUGAGGUUAGGUUCGUCCGUUCUUCUCGCGUGUGUUUUCGUUCGCUGUCAAGCUGUCUUCGCACACGUACUCGGCGGCCGGGGCGGCCAGCCAGUCGACCGGACACCGGAAGCACCGGUCCCGAUCGUCCUCGCGCUAUGUCGACCAGGAGAAGCCCAAGAAGAAGAAACCCUCGGCCACCGUGUCCCUCGUGUCCAUACCCAACACCAUCCGGCUCUCCAUGCUCAACAGUGGAUUACUCUCUUUCGCUGGGGAACAGAAUGGAGUCAUGUCAACGCUGCCGAAUAAACCGGUGGAAAAGAGGAACAUGGUAAAACACUGCGAACAGAGGCGAAAGUUUCCUGUUCUCUACAAACUUGAAUUCCAGACGGCUGUGAAGGUCGAAACGCACUCUUGCAGACACGCUUGUAAACCAGCAAACGCGCCCAAAAACCAAAACCCCAAAUGCAUUCCAUAUGAUUAUAACAGGGUUGUUUUAGAUACUAUAGAUGAUAUUCCAGACUCUGAUUAUAUCAACGCAUCCUAUGUAGAUAGUCUCCUGAAACCUAAUGCAUACAUCGUAACUCAGGGACCAACUGAAACCACUGUCAACGAUUUCUGGCGAAUGGUUUGGCAGGAGAAAGCUAGUUGUAUCGUCAUGCUAACAAAAACAUUUGAUUUUAUAAAAGUGAUGUGUAUGCAGUAUUGGCCUUCCGCGAAGGUGAAAAGCGAGAACUACGGCGAUCUAAAUAUAUCCGUUCAACAUGAAGAAGAGUUAGCAAAUUUUCACAUUAGGACUAUUCGAGUCAUUAGGAAAAUGGGGACGCCUGAAGAGGAGGAGAGGAAACUUCUUCAAUUCCAUUACACAGAGUGGCCUUGUCAUACGUGCCCUUUCUCAAAUGCAAUUUUAGAAUUCCGUAGGAGAAUGCGAGCCGUAGUCGGAUCGUACAAAACUCACCAAGAGGGACCAAUAGUAGUUCAUUGCAAUGAUGGCGGAGGACGAUCAGGCGUUUAUUUAUCCAUAGAUGCAAAUAUAGAAUUAAUGGAGGAGGAAGACUCUUUCAAUAUUUAUGGAUACUUGAAAAUGCUCAGACAAUCUCGAAAAGGAAUGAUUGAAACUUUGGACCAAUAUAAAUUUGUAUAUGAUACCUUAGAAGAAUACGUAGUUUGCGGCGUUUCGUGGUUUCCAGUAAAGGAGCUAUCUCAACGUCUGAAACAAAAAUCUAUGAAAAACCCCUUAACCAAAUUGAAUGACUAUCAAAGGGAGUAUCAGCAAAUCUGCAAGAUGACUCCGAGGUUCACAAUAGGAGACUGCGCAGGAGGACAUCGUGCCGACAAUAGGGAGAAAAACCGAGAUGUUUUAAUCGUUCCACCGGAUAAUUUUAGACCGUACUUAACGUCAUUCCAAGGAAAUAAUUACACGGACUAUAUAAAUGCAGUUUUUGUAGAUGGAUACACAAAACCCCGAGAAUACAUCGUCACAGAAUGGCCUUUGAAGCACACGCAGGGCGAGUUUUGGUCUCUUGUUUAUGACUACGAGUGUUCGGCUGUUGUUGUCCUAUGUGUUCCACCCAAAGACUCUCAAGUUUAUCCAUCGUUUUGGCCUGAAAGCAGACAUUCUAAGAAAUAUGGUCCUGUGUUCACAAUUGAUCACAAGUCUCAUAAUCACUACACCAAUAUCAAAACGUGGGUCCUAAAAAUAAAUAAGAAGGACGAUGUUUUAUGUAAUAAACCAAACAUUGUGGUACCAGGACUCGAAAAUAGACGGAUCGUGUCUUUGACUGAACUUAUGGCAGGCGUUAAAGCUCCGGUUCGAGGAGUCCAGCUGUUCCAACUUACUUGCUGGCCGAUGGGUCAUAGAGUGCCAACAUCAACCAAUUCUUUGGUCGAGCUAAUGAACAUGGUUGAAAGAUACCGGCAAAGGGAGGACUAUGGCCCCGUUGUAGUCGUAUCUCAGGAUGGCAGAAGUCGGUGUGGAGUCUACUGCGCAGCCAACGCUUGCAUCGAGCAAGUGAUCCAACAUGGAGAAGUCGACGUCUUUCAAGCUGUCAAAACUGUCAGGAGACACCGACCUCAACUUAUUGAGAAUAUGACUGAAUACAAGUACUGCUACGACCUGGUGCUCCACUACGUGCUCCACUACCUGAACAAAGACCUGAAGGAGAAGAAAUGAGAAAACGAGGUCUCAGACCAAUGGUUCGUUCAAUUUGGCCGCGGGGCGCCCCUCCCC